UGCCAUUCACAGCCUCAACUUAGUUUAACUCUUUACAUCUCUUUUUACUUCAUCACUUGAUAUUGUUCAUAGUGCAUGAGCUCAAACUGAUCCCAUGGAAGCUAUCAAACUACUUUCAUUAUCUUCAUUUAACACCCCAAAAACAAAAACCUUCCACAAACCCCCCAAUAUUUUCCUCCCCACUUCACCAUUCUCAUCAUCCUACAAGACUAACCCUCCAAAACCAUGCAAACUCUUCACCACUUUAUCAGAAACUGCGCAGCCCUAUGAGCCACAGCUGGAGGCUGAGGCUGAAGCCGAAGGAGAAGAAGAGAAGUUUGAGUGGUUUGCAGAAUGGUACCCAGUGAUGCCAGUGUGUGACUUGGACAAGAGAAAGCCACAUGCAAAGAAGGUUUUGGGGCUUGAUGUGGUGGUGUGGUGGGACAGAAAUGAGAAUGCAUGGAGAGUUUUUGAUGACUCGUGUCCUCAUAGAUUGGCUCCUUUGUCUGAGGGAAGAAUUGACCAGUGGGGAAGGCUGCAGUGUGUGUACCAUGGCUGGUGUUUCAAUGGUUCUGGUGAUUGUAAGUUUAUCCCUCAAGCUCCCCCUGAUGGCCCUCCUGUCAACACAUUCAAGAAAGCAUGCGCAGCAGUUUAUCCAAGUACUGUGCACCAUGACAUUGUGUGGUUCUGGCCUAACACUGAUCCUCAGUACAAAGAUAUUAUUAUGACUAAGAAACCACCUUACCUCCCAGAACUUGAUGACCCUUCAUAUACAAAGCUGAUGGGAAAUCGAGAUAUUCCUUACGGGUAUGAGGUCUUAAUUGAAAAUCUUAUGGACCCAUCCCAUGUUCCAUAUGCACAUUAUGGAAUAAUGCAAACUCGGCAACCCAAAGCAGAGAAGAAGGACAGAGAGGGGGGCAGACCAAUUGAGUUGAGUGUUAAGCAAUAUGACAAAAAUGGUUUCAUUGGGAAGCAAGAGUGGGGCAGUAGCAAAUUUAUUGCACCUUGUAUCUUUUAUGCUUAUUCUGAUCUGGAUCAAGGUAAUGGAUCUGCACAACCGGCAGAAGCCAAAAAGCAGUCAGAGCAACGUCGAAUGGCUUUGAUUUUUAUAUGUGUUCCAGUUAGUCCGGGUAAUAGCAGAUUGAUAUGGACUUUCCCAAGAAACUUCGGGGUUUGGAUUGAUAAAAUCGUACCUCGAUGGAUGUUUCAUAUUGGACAAAAUUUGAUUCUGGAUUCAGAUUUAUAUCUUCUCCAUGUUGAGGAGCGUAAGAUAAUGGAUUUCGGCUCUGCCAAUUGGCAGAAAGCAUGUUUUGUGCCUACUAAGGCAGAUGCCUUUGUGGUUGGUUUCAGGAGAUGGUUAAACAAAUAUGCAGGUGGUCAAAUUGAUUGGAGAGGAAAAUUCGAUGGCACUCUUCCACCAACACCACCAAGAGAACAGCUGCUGGACAGGUACUGGUCCCAUGUGGUGAACUGCAGCAGUUGCAAUGCUGCACACAAGAGUCUCAAUGCACUUGAGGUGAUACUGCAGGUCAUCUCCAUUGUCUCAAUUGGGAUUGUUGCUGCCACCAAGCAAAAUAUGAUGUCAGCGGCCGUGAGAACUACCGUGGUCUCACUGGCAGUAGUUUGCUUUGCAGCUUCAAAAUGGUUGGCUCAUUUCAUCUACAAAAUUUUUCAUUAUCAUGACUAUAACCACGCUCUUCGCUGAAAUCAGUUUCUAACCACUGAUUAAAGAAUGUAAAUAACAUUUAUGAUUUAUCUCCCAUGUUUGCACAUUUAAGAUCAAUGUAACUUA